AUGUCAGCCGCAAGGGAACUCAACCAAGAAAAAAUAGCAUUCAUCGAAGCCGCUAUCGAGCAUGGGGUAUUGUUAUUUGGAGAGUUCACUUUGAAAUCGGGAAGAAAAUCACCAUACUUCUUUAACGCCGGUCUCCUCUACACUGGAUCCCUCCUCUCUUCCACAUCCAAAGCAUACGCCAAGAUCCUCACUUCAUCACGUAUACCCGAAUUCGACGUGUUGUUCGGUCCGGCAUAUAAGGGGAUUGCGCUGGCUGCUAUCACAGCGGUGGAUUUGAGUAGAGCAGGAAGGGAAGUAGGAUUUGCAUACAAUAGGAAGGAGAAGAAGGAUCACGGCGAAGGAGGUGUUCUCGUCGGAUCCCCACUCAAAGGUCGAAUCGUCAUCAUCGACGAUGUCCUCACUAGAGGUACAGCCAUAAGAGAAGCCAUCGAAAUAAUCAAAUCUCAACCUGAAGCCACCCUCGUUGGGGUAGUACAACUUGUUGAUCGACAAGAGAGAGGUACAGGAGACAAGUCGACGGUCCAAGAGGUUGAAGAGGAAUUUGGCGUUCCGAUUGAACCUAUCUUGAAUUUACAGGAUAUCAUUGCGUACCUUGAGAAGAAAGGGGGAUACACUAAGGAGUUGGAGGAUAUCAAAGAGUAUAGAAAGAACUAUGGGAUUGAACUUUAG